AUGUCUAAAUCCUUGGGCGACCGCAUGACUUUCCCGGACGAAAAGAAGCUCGACUGGGCUGAGGAAGCAGAAGAGAUGGACAACCAGACCAAGACCCAGACACAACAUUCUGCCCCUGCCGCAGACGCCGCAGCACCCGAAGAAGCCACACCUUCAGAUCAGAUCGAUGGCGCCUCCGUACCUCAGUUCGGCUCAGCGCUGCUCGAACCUGAAUUCGACGUCAAUGUCAAGCUGAACGAUCUCCAAAAAGACCCCAACGAUCCCUUGUAUUCCGUCAAAGAAUUCCGCGAUCUCAACCUCCCCGAAUCCAUCCAAAAGGGCAUCUUGUCGCUGGGUUUUACAAAGCCCUCCAAGGUCCAGGAACGCGCCCUUCCCAUGCUCCUCCAGAACCCUCCUCAGAACCUCAUCGGCCAGUCGCAGUCUGGUACAGGAAAGACGGCUGCCUUCGUUCUCAAUAUUCUCGCGCGUCUCGACUUGACACUCCAACAACCCCAGGCUCUGGUCCUCGCUCCUUCGCGUGAGCUGGCUAGACAGAUCCUCGGUGUCGUCCAGGUCAUGGGUGGUUUCAUGGAGGGUCUCAGCACAUACCAGGCCGUGCCUGACCCGUCAACACGCGGUCAGCAAGUCACUGGGCAAGUCGUCGUUGGUACUCCUGGAACCGUCAUGGAUCUGGCUCGUAGAAAGCAGCUGAACACACGCGGUAUGAAGGUGCUUGUCUUGGACGAGGCCGACAACAUGCUCGACCAGCAAGGCCUCGGAGACCAAUGCAAACGUGUCAAGCAGCUCCUGCCCAAGGACGUCCAGACAGUCCUUUUCUCCGCCACCUUCCCUGAAGAAGUCCUCGCCUUCACUGCUCUCUUCGCGCCGAAUGCCAACCAAAUCACUCUCGAGCGCAACAACCUUACUGUUAAGGGCAUUAAGCAGAUGUUCCUCGAUGUCAGCAAAGACCAGGACAAGUACGAGCAAUUGAUUAAAUUCUACGGCCUCAUGACAAUCGCCUCAUCCAUCAUCUUCGUCCGCAAGCGCGACACGGCCGACGAACUCUCCAGGCGCAUGACAGCCGAAGGCCAUCACGUCGUCACCCUGACCGGCGGUCUCGAAGGUACCGAGCGCGACGCAGUCAUCGACCAAUUCCGCGAGGGCACCGCCAAAGUCCUCAUCACUACUAACGUCCUCGCCCGCGGUAUCGACGUCCAAACAGUCACCAUGGUCAUCAAUUACGACAUCCCCGACAAGCCAGCUCCAGGUCGCGGUUACGUGCCCGAUGCUGAGACCUUCUUGCACCGCGUGGGUCGUACCGGACGCUUCGGCAAAGUCGGCGUUGCUCUCACCCUUGUCCACGAUAGACGCAGUUGGGAAAUGUUCAACGAGAUCUGCAACGAGUUGGGUAUCAAGCCUACUCAGCUCGACACCGAGGACUGGGAUGAGGUGGAGCGUGUGGUCAAGUCUAUUAUCAAAUCGGGACGCAACAAGAAGGUUGGAGGUGACUCCAUGGGCGAUGAGUAA